GAGCGGCUCAUUGAGAGCUGGCAGCGCCGGACUACCCGGCCCGGGGCGAGCGCAGCGUCCGGAGCGCACCGAGGGGACGCGGGUUGCAACCAGCCCGCCCCCGGCCAGGCCCCCAGCCCCGAGGCCCCUCCGGGGUGUUGGACUGCUGUGUUCCCAGAGGGGUUCGGAAGUUCGGACAUGGUGGCUGAAGGAGGGUGACGUGGUCUGAGAAGGGGCCGGGGGCAGAGGGACGAGGCCGAGAGAGCCGAGGCGCGAGCCGAGCUGGGCGACGCGUGCUGUGCCAACGGAGGAGGAGCCCGGAGCUCGAGGCAGGUCCAGCCAUGGAGCUGCGCUCGGAGCUGCCCAGCGUGCCCGGCGCGGCGACAGCAGCAGCGACAGCGACGGGACCACCCGUGGCAUCGGUGGCAUCGGUGGCUGCGGCGGCAGCUGCCGCAGCAUCGCUACCAGUGAGCGUGGCCGGAGGCUUGCUGCGGGCGCCGCCGCUGCUGUUGAGGGCAGCGGAGAAGUACCCGCGGACCCCCAAGUGCGCGCGCUGCCGCAACCACGGAGUGGUGUCCGCGCUCAAGGGCCACAAGCGCUACUGCCGCUGGAAGGACUGCCUGUGCGCCAAGUGUACGCUCAUCGCCGAGCGCCAGCGCGUCAUGGCGGCUCAGGUGGCCUUGCGCAGGCAGCAGGCGCAGGAGGAGAACGAGGCGCGCGAGUUGCAAUUGCUGUACGGCACUGCCGAGGGCCUGGCGCUGGCCGCCGCCAACGGCAUCAUUCCCCCGCGGCCUGCCUACGAAGUCUUUGGCUCGGUUUGCGCCACCGACGGCGGGGGGCCGGGAACUGGAGCGCCCGCGGGGAGUGCAGGGGGCGCUGGGGGCGCAGGGGGCGCAGAGGCCAAGUUGCAGAAGUUUGAUCUGUUUCCCAAGACUCUGCUUCAGGCCGGCCGCCCCGACAGUCCGCAGCCGCCGCCAGGGAAGCCCUUGUCGCCCGACGGCGCGGACUCAGGUCCCCGGACCUCGUCCCCGGAGGUGCGGCCCGGCUCAGGCUCGGAGAACGGAGACGGCGAGUCCUUUUCCGGGUCGCCUCUGGCCCGGGCCUCCAAGGAGGCGGGUGGCAGCUGUCCUGGGAGCGCGGGCGCCGGCGGUGGCGGCGAGGAGGACAGCCCCGGCUCCUCCAGCCCCCUGGGUUCCGAAUCAGGUUCGGAGGCUGACAAAGAAGAAGCCGAGGCCGCACCGACUCCGGGGCUGGGCGGCGGGCCCGGGCCGCGGCAGCGGACGCCGCUGGACAUCUUGACGCGCGUCUUCCCGGGCCACCGGAGAGGCGUCCUGGAGCUGGUGCUGCAGGGCUGUGGCGGCGACGUGGUGCAGGCCAUCGAGCAGGUGCUCAACCACCACCGCGGAGGCCUGGCGGCUGGCCUGGGCCCCGCCGCGCCGCUGGAGAAGGCCGCGGUGAGCGCGGCGGUGGAGGACGCGUGGCCCGGGCGCGUGGAGGCCGCAGCCGCCGGGGGAGCCGGGUUGCCCGCUCCGCUGCAGACCGGGCCCGCCGCGCCCCCGCACCACAGACCCUUGCUGGCCGGGGCCAUGACGCCCGGCGCGCUGGGCUCGCUCAGCAGCCGCUCCGCCUUCUCGCCGCUGCAGCCCAAUGCCAGCCACUUCGGCGCCGACGCGGGCGCCUACCCUCUGGGCGCGCCGCUCGGCCUAAGCCCCCUGCGCCUGGCCUACUCCGCAGCGGCGGCCCACAGCCGCGGCCUGGCCUUCAUGGCGCCCUACUCCACGGCCGGCCUGGUGCCCACGCUCGGUUUUCGGCCGCCCAUGGACUACGCCUUCAGCGACCUCAUGCGCGACCGCUCGGCCGCCGCCGCCGCUGCGGUGCACAAGGAGCCCGGCUACGGGGGCGGGCUGUACGGGCCCAUGGUCAACGGCACCCCUGAGAAGCAGUAGGGUAUGGGGCCAGGCAGCCCGGCCACCCCGAAACAGCGACCUAGCCUGCUCCCCCAGCCGCAGGCCCCUCCUCGCCCUGCCCUGCGCCCUCCGCUCACAGUUGGCUUUAGGGACUUGCUUGAGAGUGUGGGGGUGGGGGGUGGGAGCACCUCGGCUGACCGCGCAGGUGUCCCCAGAGGAGCCCUGUGGUCUGGGUGCUCGCCCCGAUUCGGGCCACCUUCCCCCGGGCCUGCUCGCCUGGCUGGGGAUCCCUAAGAACCCCGAGGGCGACUGCGGCCGCGCCCACCCCUGCUGCUCCCUCUGCUCCGCUCGCCUCCCCAACACGCGCUCAGGUGGAUGGCAGGAUGGACCAGCCUCUUGUGUGUCCUCCAAUACACAUCCCCCUUUCGUUUUUAAAAAAAAUCCGCUCUAACAAAUAUAAAUUUAGGAUGUAUACAUCUCUUGGCACUGACUCGAGUCUUUGGGACACAUAUAUAUCGGUAUCAAUUGUAAAAAAAAAAAAAAAAAAAAGGAGACGUUCUAAGGUGCACUUUCCUCGUUGCGGUAUUUGUCGCUCUCUUUGUUGCUUAUGCCGAUAAGCAUGGGUUUCCUUGGUGCAGUGUGAGUUUUUAUAUAUGUAUAAAUCUAUAUAUAAUCUAUACAUAUAUAUAUACAAGCCAGUGUAUAAUGUUAUAAAAUGGAAUUCUAAGUUAUUAAUUGUAAUCUGUAGGUGACCUCGGUAUUAACGUGGAAAACAUUCAAAACUCAAAGCAAAAAAAAAAGGACAAAAUGGAAAAAAAUUAGACUAUUCGCACAUUGUACGUAUCGGGUUUUAUAGCUGAAAUCUACUGUACGCUGGGGAGGUACCCUGCCGACCCCUGGUCCACCGGCCUGCGGCUGUUCUCCAAAGCGGUCCAGGCUGCGCUGAAGCACGAAUAGAGCGUCGGGUGAGUGAGCCAGAAGCUCCCGGACUCGCCAGCGAGCGACGCUGCGCACAGCUGCUCACUUUGUGCUUUCCUUUGCAUAGGUAUGAGCUAGAAAUAAAUGUUAUUUUCUAAAU